AUGGCCAACGACGAGUACGAUUUCCUCUUCAAGGUCGUCCUGAUCGGAGAUUCUGGUGUCGGUAAAUCCAACCUCUUGAGCCGUUUCACCCGCAACGAAUUCAACCUCGAUUCAAAGUCGACUAUCGGUGUCGAGUUUGCUACGCGCAGCAUCCAGGUCGACAACAAGACGAUCAAGGCUCAGAUCUGGGAUACCGCCGGCCAGGAGCGUUACCGCGCCAUUACCUCGGCUUACUACCGUGGUGCCGUCGGUGCCCUGCUCGUUUACGACAUCAGCAAGCACCAGACAUACGAGAACGUCACCAGAUGGCUCAAGGAGCUGAGAGAUCAUGCCGACAGUAACAUUGUCAUCAUGCUGGUUGGAAACAAGUCCGAUCUGAGACACUUGCGCGCUGUGCCCACCGAGGAGGCCAAGCAGUUUGCCAGCGAGAACAACCUCUCCUUCAUCGAAACCUCUGCUCUGGACGCCAGCAACGUCGAGCUUGCCUUCCAAAACAUCCUCACAGAAAUCUACCGCAUCGUUUCCAGCAAGGCUCUCGAUCAAGGUGAGGGCAAGGAGAGUGGCCCCGGCAGCGGCGCCCCUGUCAGUGUCCCCUUGACCAAGCCAGCCGACGGCAACGCCAAGUCCGGCCAGUGCUGCUAA